AUGAAAUACCGCGCGGAGAUGGGUAAACAUGUCUGGAAAUGCGAGGGAACUGUCAAAAUCGGCCAUGAUUUCACAGGUGCUUGUUUUGGUGAAUCAAGUACCAAGACAGCCGCACGAGUGGCAGCCUGGCUACAGCUGCUGUCCCAAAUGCACGAAGCUGGGCUCCCGAAAACACUGUUUUCCAACCCUGCCGACAAACGCCCUAAAAAGGAUCCCAAGCCGUCCGCUCAACUUCCCUCAGAGCCAGCUGAUUCGGUACCGACGGGUGCCGUUUCUCUGCCUCCAUCAAACCAGCAACACAAACAGUCUCCAUCAGCACAUAGCCCGGAAGUUAGUCCGGCGGUGACUCCGGAGGUGACUCCGGUCAAGGCGGACAUUGGCGCAUCAUCUCGCCAACUGAUGCGACGAGCGGUGGCAGAAGCCAGAGCGGCCGGUCUGCCCAGCGGAAAGGUGGAAUUAGAAGUGGAAGCAGCACCACGAAGCCGCCGCUCUUUCCGGACUCGCUUGAGUACAGCUGCCGAAGCCGAGCUCAAUUCCAAGUUGAGGGAGCAACAGCAAAUACUUGCUACGGCCCCAGAGCACGCCCCCUUCCGCGCCAAACAGGCUACCUUACCAAUCAACAUAUACCGCAGUCAAGUAAUGGAGAUGAUAUUGAAGAAUCAGGUCUCCUGUGUCGUUGGCGCGACCGGCAGUGGCAAGACUACCCAGGUUGCCCAGAUGAUAUUGGAUCACUUCAUCUCGAUGGGAUCCGGAGCGUCUUGCAACGUCGUUUGCACCCAGCCUCGGCGCAUUGCUGCAAGCUCUGUAGCCCGACGGGUGGCAGUCGAGCGGAAUGAGGACCUCGGAGAUUCGGUGGGCUACCAUGUGCGACUCGAUGCAGCGACCUCGCCCUCAUGGUAG